AUGCUAAUAGUUCACUAUGGUUCGUCAGCUCCUGCCCCUCAGUCCAGUUCAACAAGUAACGUCGGCUCGGGACUCACAAAUUUGAAUUCGAAUUUACUGGGUUCCAGCACCAAUCCAGGCCUGUUGAACGGCGGUUUAGGCACUGGACUCGGUUUCAACGGACUUAAUUCCUUUGGUGGCUUUGGAGGACUCGGAAGUGGGGGCUUCGGGAACGGAAUCGGUGGCUUCGGGACCGGAAUCGGGGGCUUUGGGAACGGAAUCGGGGGCUUCGGGAACGGACUUGGCGGCUUCGGGAACGGAAUCGGGAGUUUCGGGACCGGAAUCGGUGGUUUCGGAAACGGAAUCGGGGGCUUCGGGAACGGACUUGGGGGCUUCGGGAACGGACUUGGGGGCUUCAACGGACUCGGAGGAGGUGGAUUCAACGGACUGAACUCUUUCGGAGGCCUUGGAGGAGGUCUUGGAUCCGGUUUGGGCUUUGGAGGACUCGGUGGAGGUUUAAACGGACUGAAUUCUUUCAAUGGCCUUGGAGGUUUUGGUGGCAUUGGUACGGGACUCGGAGGAGGUCUUGGAAAUUUCGGAACAGGACUCGGAGGAGGACUCGGUGGAUUUGGAACGGGACUCGGAGGAGGUCUUGGUGGCUUUGGCACCGGAAUCGGGGGACUGAACGGAUUGGGACUUGGCAAUAGUGGACUCCUUGGAGGUGGUCUAGGAGGUUUUGGUUCUCUCGGUGGAUUUGGUGGAAACGGUUUGUUAGGAACUGGAAGUCUCAUCAAUAGCGGCCUCCUUGGUACAACUGGUUUAACCAAUGGACUGGGAACCGUUGGCUCAAAUUUCGGUCUAGGCAGCGGUCUCGGAUUGGGAUCCAGCUUCGGGACUGGUUUCGGCUUGGGAAACCUUGGUGGUGGCAGUUUUAGAAGCCUACCCGACCUCAAUCGAAUGUCCCCUUUAUUAAAUACGAUGGUUGGAGGAUCUUCUCUGACUUCAUCUGAUCAACACGUCAACAAUCUAGUAAAUCGCAUCCGAGCAAUCCAGCAAGAAUUCGCGGCAAAUCCUUCAUCAUCUUCAUCCAGAUCAAUAUCUUCUUUUGGCGAUUUCCGGUCCUUUGAUCCUACCAACGACAAGGAUGUCUAA